GUAUGACUGUAAUCUUGGCUUUCUUUCACCGCAAGUCUCUGCGUACGCAAGUUUGGGUCUGACUUCACUCCAACAAAUUAGAUAGAAAAGGACGUUCCAACGUCUGUUGCUGAUAACAUUUUGCCGAUUUUCCACAAUUUUAAAAUGAGUGAAACAGUGUUACUAACUAAUGAAGUGGACGAAUCUGUUUCCCCAACAAACGAUGCUGCUAAUGGAGAAGAGGGUGCUGUUGCUCUGAUCUCUGAUCCUGAGCCAGUCCUGAAGCACCCUCUGAACAGCACCUGGACCUUGUUUUAUUUCAUCAAUGACAAGAGUGGAAACUUCAACUGGCAGGAGUCCCAAGCUGUGGUUGCAUCAUUCAAUACAGUUGAAGACUUUUGGGCAUUGUUCAACCACAUAGAGAAUGCCAGCAAGCUCAAGAUUGGGUUUGACUAUUCGCUGUUCAAGAAUGGCAUCUUGCCGGCAUGGGAAGACUCGGGCAACACCGGUGGUGGCAAGUGGACGCUCAACACUUCUCGGCAUCAACGCUUUACUGAUCUUGAUAAUUACUGGCUGGAACUGAUCAUGAUGAUGGUUGGUGAGAAUGAGGAAGAGUAUGUCAACAACGUGAUAACAGGCGCCGUCGUCAGUCUCAGGAUGAAGCAGGACCGAGUUUGUCUGUGGUGCGCCCCAACCAAGAAGCCUGAGGCUAUUUUGAAAGCCGGGAAGGCGAUGAAGCGAUGCAUGGGCAUCCCACCGAACACUACCAUCGAUUACACAGUGCAUUCGAACAAGAGCACCAGCCGAAACUCCAGUUUGAGAUCUCUCUACAGUUUAUAAGCGCUCUCGCUACCACUUCAAUUAAUUAUUAUUUACUGUGCUCUUCUCGUUGUCUUUAAUAUUCAUACAAAUGAGACUUAUUUUUUCUCGCGUGUGGUUGUAACAUUAGUUUACCUUUCUCUCUAGUGUAGUUAUGUUUCUGUUUCAUGUCUGUUUUGCUUAGUAAUUUUCUCGUUUCUCAUCUGUUUAUUCCCUCAUUUAAUGUGUUCAGUGUUAACCUUGUGCUAAUGUCAUGGAAGCGACUUACGAUUCUGAUUCAUUUUUGUGACUUUGUAUCAAAUAAAGGAAUUUCGUUGUGGCA